AUGUCUGGUUUUACUUCAACGAACGAGGAAUCGGCUGAUGGGCUUCCAAAACAAUUUGUUUCAUCGCUGAGAAUUCUGUUCGAUAUCUUAGAUGAAGGCAGGUCUGGGUUUGUUUAUUUUAGGGACAUCGAAAGUAGAUGGAGCGACGAUGGGGUUAGAGGACUCCCUGCUGGGGUCAUUGAUGCUUUGAGAAAAGUAACACCGCCUAAUGGAAUGCUUAGUUUCAGUAGAUUUGUUGCAGGUCUAAAGCUUGUUUUAACGAAAAAGCGCGAUGACAUCUAUGAAGCCGACACAAGAAAAUUUGUUUCAAAGGAGAAUCGAACUCCGCUACAAGAGUACAAUUCGGGGCAAAAGACAAUAUCCAGGGCCACGGACGGUAAUAAUUUUAUCAGUGAUAAUUAUUAUACAGGCAGGGCAUCUCAUAACACAGUCAGCAGAGAAUUUGAUAAUUAUCAUCAGCAGAAAAGACCACAUUACCCAUCUGAAAAUAUCACAAAGCCAGCAAAUCGUCAUCAGAAUGAUCCUAAUUAUGAUGUUACUUAUUCUCAAGAUGGCUACAGGAGAUCCCCACCUGUACAGUUAGCAGUGUCUGGAUCUUCUAGAUCCGUACCACAGAGUUCAUAUAUAAUUAAGCCAGAUGUGCGUAGUUAUCCCAAUGGAGCAGGAAACCACAACCCAUCAACAAACAGUGGAUGUGGUUUGCGGAAAGGUACAAGUAACCGCGAGGUGCACCAGCAACCCCAAGAGAGAGCACCUGCUGUACCUCCAAGGCCAGAGAGACUGCCUCCAGGACCUGAAAGACCAUCUGCUGGCCAAUCUUCAUAUUCUUCACAGAUGAAAAAGUCCCUAUCUGGACCCAAUCUUGCCACCCAUUCAUACUCCCCACCAGUUAUUCCACCCAGGGGUCAGUCUCAGAACACGAGGAUACUGAAUGACUUAAAGAACUGGCAGAGAGAAUGGCCAGGAAGUCAGACUGCUGAUAGGAAAUAUGGCUAUGAUAAGCUGCCUCAUUCAUCGAAAUCUAAUCAGGACAGUGGAAUAUAUGCCAACAUUGAGCAGUUUCAGAGGAGGCCUGAGGGAGACCAGAAACAGCCAGCUGUGCCAGGACCUCAGAGAGCCACAGUUCAGCGCCAUGGUUCAGGCCGAAGGCACACUCUGGCCAAUGGAAUUGAUCAGAAUAUGGUAAAAAGAAUUAAACAGCUGGAAGAAGAGGCCUCCAUGCUUCGCUCAGGUUUGGCCAUGGUUGACUCAGCAAGAGAUUGGUACAUGAAGCAACUAGCUGUAGUCUCUGACAAACAGGCAAUGCUCGGCAAAGUGACGUAUAAUGACAACUCUGUGGAGGCUUACCAAGAGCGAAUGAACUUCCAGCGAGCCCGCAUUGCAGAAAUUAAUCAGCAUCUCCAGACGUUGUUGGAAAGCUCAGAAAAGGGUUUUCCAAUUCACAUGAACCUGGCUAUGGCUUCACCAGCAAAUAAAUCAACAGAUAAUAGAGCUGUACAGGGACUGAAGGAGCAGAACAGAAGACUGCUUGAGGAGAUGGGGCAGAAGAAGGAACAGAUAACUCAACUGGAAAUGGAGAAAGCCAGCUUGGUGCGGGAUCUGUUUGAAGCUCGCUCGUUAAAUAAAUCAAGCCACGAUGAUACUACUUUCAUGUGA